AUGACUAUCGGUGACAAACAAAAGUGGACUGCCCAAAAUGUCCGUAACACUUUCUUAGACUACUUCAAGUCUAAAGAACAUACCUUCGUUCCUUCCUCUCCAGUGGUCCCAUUCGAUGAUCCAACUCUUUUAUUUGCCAAUGCUGGUAUGAAUCAAUAUAAACCUAUCUUCCUUGGUACCGUGGACCCAUCUUCUGAUUUCUACACUUUAAAGCGUGCUUACAACUCUCAAAAGUGUGUCAGAGCCGGUGGUAAGCAUAAUGAUUUGGAAGAUGUCGGUAAGGAUUCUUAUCAUCAUACUUUCUUCGAAAUGUUGGGAAAUUGGUCUUUUGGUGAUUAUUUCAAGAAGGAAGCUAUUCACUACGCUUGGGAAUUAUUGACUGUCGUCUAUGGUAUUCCAGCUGAUAGAUUAUACGUUACCUAUUUCGAAGGUGAUGCCAAACAAGGCUUGGAACCUGAUUCUGAAGCUCAAGAUUUAUGGAGAAAGGUGGGUGUUCCAGAGGAUCAUAUCUUACCAGGUAACGCAAAAGAUAACUUUUGGGAAAUGGGUGAUCAAGGUCCAUGUGGUCCAUGUUCCGAAAUUCAUUACGAUAGAAUUGGUGGCAGAAAUGCAUCCUCUUUGGUCAACAUGGAUGAUCCUGAUGUUUUAGAAGUCUGGAAUUUAGUCUUCAUUCAAUUCAACAGAGAGUCUGAUGGUUCUCUAAAAUCUUUACCAGCCAAGCAUAUCGAUACUGGUAUGGGUUUCGAAAGAUUGGUUUCUGUGUUGCAGGAUGUUAGAUCUAAUUAUGAUACUGAUGUUUUCCAACCAUUAUUCAAACGUAUCCAAGAAAUUACUAAUGCUAGAGAUUAUACUGGCAAAUUUGGUGCUGAAGACAAGGAUAACAUUGAUACUGCUUACAGAGUCUUGGCCGAUCAUGUCCGUACCUUAACUUUUGCAUUAGCUGAUGGUGGUGUUCCAAACAAUGAAGGUAGAGGUUACGUUUUGAGACGUAUCUUAAGAAGAGGUGCUCGUUACGCUCGUAAAUAUAUGAAUUAUCCAAUUGGUGACUUCUUCUCUAAGUUGGCCCCAACAUUGAUCGAACAAGUCAAAGAUAUUUUCCCAGAAGUUGCUAAGGAUCCAGCCUUCUUAUUUGAAAUCUUAGACGAAGAAGAAGCUUCCUUUGCCAAGACCUUAGAUCGUGGUGAAAGAUUGUUCGAAAAAUAUGCUGCCACCGCCGCUGAAACUCAGUCUAAAACUUUAGACGGUAAACAAGUCUGGAGAUUAUACGAUACAUAUGGGUUCCCAGUUGAUUUGACUGAAUUAAUGGCCGAAGAACAAGGCUUAAAGAUUGAUGGACCAGGUUUUGAAAAAGCUAAGCAGGAAUCCUAUGAAGCUUCUAAGAGAGGUGGUAAGAAGGAUCAAUCUGAUUUGAUCAAAUUGAAUGUUCAUGAAUUAUCUGAAUUAAAUGACAACAAUGUUGCUAAGACUGAUGAUAGUGCCAAGUAUGGUUUUGAAAAUAUUGAAAGUACCAUUUUAAAAUUGCAUGAUGGUACUAAGUUUGUUGAUGAAAUUACCGAAUCUGGUAAGAAAUAUGGUGUUCUUCUAGAUAAGACUUGUUUCUACGCUGAACAAGGUGGUCAAGAAUAUGAUACUGGUAAGCUUGUUAUUGAUGAUGUUGCUGAAUUCAACGUUGAAAAUGUUCAAUUAUACAAUGGUUUCGUUUUCCACACUGGGUCUCUAGAAGAAGGUAAACUUUCCGUUGGUGAUAAGAUUAUUGCUUCCUACGAUGAAUUGCGUCGUUUCCCAAUUAAGAACAAUCAUACUGGUACUCAUAUUUUGAAUUUUGCAUUGUUAGAAACUCUUGGAAACGAAGUUGAUCAAAAGGGUUCUCUUGUUGCUCCAGAAAAAUUAAGAUUUGAUUUCUCACAUAAGAAGGCUUUAGCUAUGGAUGAAUUACGUAAAGUUGAAGAAAUCUGCAACCAACAAAUCAAGGAGAAUUUCCCUGUUUACUACAAGGAAGUUCCAUUAGACUUAGCUAAAUCUAUUUUCAAUGUUCGUGCUGUCUUUGGUGAAACUUAUCCAGACCCAGUUCGUGUUGUAUGUGUUGGUAAGCCAGUUGAAGAACUUCUAAAGAACCCAACAAGUGAAGAAUGGGGUAACUACUCCAUUGAGUUCUGUGGUGGUACACACGUUGUCAAGACCGGUGACAUUAAAUACUUUGUCAUCCUAGAAGAAAGUGGUAUUGCCAAGGGUAUUAGAAGAAUUGUGGCUGUCACGGGUUCUGAUGCCUUUGAGGCUCAAAGAAUUGCUAAUGAAUUCUCCACUGAAUUGGAUGCCGCUGAAAAGCUACCGUUUUCUCCAUUAAAGGAAAAGAAAUUGAAAGAGCUUGGUGUCAGUUUAGGACAAUUGUCGAUUUCUGUCAUUAGCAAACAUGAAUUGAAGGAAAGAUUCACAGCCAUUGAAAAGGUUGUCAAGGAUGAAGUUAAAUCAAGAGCCAAGAAGGAAGCUAAACAAACUGUUGAUGAAGUAAAGAACUAUUUUGCUGAAAAUGAGAACUCUCCAUACUUCGUUAAAUUCAUCAAUAUUCCAGUUAAUGCCAAGGCUAUAACUGAGGCUAUUAACUACGUCAAAUCUUCUGCUAAGGGCAAAUCCAUCUAUCUGUUGACCGGUAAUGAUUCUAACGGAAAAAUUGCCCACGGUUGUUACAUCUCUGAUGAAGCUUUAGCUAAGGGUGUUGAUGGUGCUGCUAUUGCCAAGCAAGUCUCCAGCAUUAUCGGUGGUAAAGCUGGUGGUAAAGGUAAUGUUUUCCAAGGUAUGGGUGACAAACCAGCCGCAGCUGAACAAGCUGUUUCUGAAAUAGAGACCUUGUUAAAGGAAAAGCUAACCAUAUAA